GCUGGUGCAGUGGACUCUCCCGGGCGCUCAGUACAGUCCUUAAGCGCUCAGUAGGUACCAUUUAUCGCCCGUUUCUGGCCGUCGGACGCCGCCGGACUAUGUUCGUUCCUCUGCUCUUCCUCAUCCAGCUGCCGUUGCUCACCUUGGCGUUGCCUCCUUGCACGAGAAGGCCGAAAGGGGCCGAACAGGCAUCAAAAGGAGUCUUUACACCGAAAGAAGAAGCCAGUAUGUUCAUUCAGCGACGCCUCCUCUAUAACAGAUUUGAUCUUGAACUCUUCACUCCUGGAGAUCUAGAAAGAGAAUGCAAUGAAGAACUGUGUAGCUAUGAGGAAGCUAGGGAAAUUUUUGGAGAUAAUGAUAAGAUGAUAUCAUUUUGGAAGGAGUAUUCAGCAAAUGGACCCAUUGCAAAGUCAGAUGACAAAAGAAAGAAAAUUGAUGUUAUGGGACUUGUGACCGGCUUAAUCGCUGCAGGAGUGAUUUUGGUAAUAACUGGGUUAUUUGGUUACUAUCUCUGCAUCACCAAAUGUACAAGACGACAACAUUCAAGCUCCUCAGCAUAUGUGACGAGGUCUAGACACUCUCCAUCGAUCAUCUUCAGAAGGCCAGAGGAGAUUUCUUUAACUUCUUCACCUCUCUCACUGGAGGACUCAGGAUUACCAUCGUAUGAACAAGCAGUGGCGUUGGCUGGAAAAGAUGAUAUCCCUCCUCCGCCUUAUCCUGGGCCAGCCAAGGGGUUUAAGGUUUUUAAAAAGUCAAUGUCACUCCCAGCACACUAACUCCAGUAUCACUGCUUUGGCUUUGCAUUGAGAUGAUGUUCAGCUGAAGAACCUGAAAAGGUCCAGUUUUAAUUUUCCCACACUUUGAAGGGCAUAUGACUUAAACUCCCUUGGAUUACUUGGGCCAAAGGUAUUGAAAACCAGUUAACCACUGUAUCCUAGAUUGUGAAAACUUUGACCUGUGCAAACCCGUAUAUCCGGUUUUACAUUCCUUCAGAGUGCUGAAGAAUUGGGCACAUUACCUGAUGAUUUAUAGGACAAGAGUUUUUUUUACAAUUCCAAAUCUCUCCGAACCAUUAAAUCUAGAAAAUUACUACCAUUUUUGGACUCUUCCAUGAGUGAUGCUAGUGAGAGCUGCAGAUCCAUUUACAGAAAUAGGGUGCCCAACUCUUGGCAAAGACAUAAAACAGCAAACUACAUGUGUGUGUACAUAUAAGCUGUAUACAUGUAUGUAUAUAUAGAUAGAUAA